UCUCCGCUGACUCCGUUUGGUUCCGGUUGCUGUCAGAUUUCGUCGUUGGGCCUGAGGGCUUCUUGGGCCUGAGGGCUUGUUGGCCCUGGGGUGGGCUCGCCCGGGUACCGGGCUCACUCUAGUACCAGCCUUGGGAAAGUGGAGUGAAUUCCUGGUCUCCUAGCAACCAGGGACUGGCUGUGGACUGAAGGAGCGGAGGCGCCACAGUCCAAAUCGCUCAAGCACUAGCCGGAACCCUUGAGCCCGGCCGAAACGGGAGCCAAAACCCUGCGCUUGGAAGAAUAAGCUGGAAAUGGCGGACGAGGCGUUGUUUUUGCUUUUACAUAACGAGAUGGUGUCUGGAGUGUACAAGUCCGCGGAGCAGGGGGAGGUGGAAAAUGGACGCUGUAUUACUAAGCUGGAAAACAUGGGGUUUCGAGUAGGACAAGGAUUGAUAGAAAGGUUUACAAAAGAUACUGCAAGGUUCAAGGACGAAUUAGAUAUCAUGAAGUUCAUUUGUAAAGAUUUUUGGACUACAGUAUUCAAGAAACAAAUCGACAAUCUAAGGACAAAUCAUCAGGGCAUCUAUGUACUUCAGGACAACAAAUUUCGUCUGCUUACGCAGAUGUCUGCAGGAAAACAAUAUUUAGAACAUGCAUCUAAGGUAUUUAAUGGAAUUGAAGAUUGGGAUUUCCAUAGGGAAGAGUACAGUGCCAACCACAACAGAGUAUUUGGCAUUUACAUGUGGCUUAAUCAGAGGUGGCUUAUCGAACUUGGGGAUAAAAAGUAUUGUAACAGCUGAAGUGUCUUCAAUGCCUGCCUGUAAAUUUCAGGUGAUGAUACAGAAGCUCUAAAAUAUACUGAAAUGCAAGGCAAGGCUUCAACAGUGUAAAGAUAUAAAUUAUUCAUGUAUAAAGUAUUUCAAGUAGCAAUGAUUUAAUUACAUUGUUGGACAUUUGUAUUGAUAUAAGCUAUUUGCUAACUUAUGUAAUGAAAGAUGCACUCUUAA